AUGGGUACCAUCAUAACCAAGCUCCGAUGGAGGUGGAUUGGAUGUGUUCUCAGAAAAGACUCCCAGUCAACAACUAGAACAGCACUGCAUUGGACACCAGAGGGCAAAAGAAAGAGGGGGAGGCCUAGAACAUCAUGGCGAAGGACAGUAGAAGGCGAGAUGAAGGCAAUGCACCAGACCGUGGGAAUGGUUGACAAGGCUAUCCCAGGACAGGAAAGGGUGAUGAAUCCUCCAUACCUUGCCAUAUCCUAUCCCGGCUCCAGACCCCCUGGUUGGGCUCCAUGGGACUUGGAACAUGAUUUUGAAUUAGUGGACUUAGAAGAAUCAAACAAAGAGUUUGUAGACGUCAAAUCUUCUUUCUUCAGCACACUUAAGGAGGACAAUUUCCAGAUCUGCAAUAUUUAUCGUGUACAGAAUCUGGAGCUCUGGAACGAAUACAAAAUGAAGAAGUCCAAUAUGGAAAGAAUCUGUGAGGCAAGAGGUGGAAGCGUGGAUGAGAGAAGUCUCUUUCAUGGCACAGAUUCCAUAAACACUUGUUAUGGAAUUUGUACUACCAAUUUUGAUUUUAGAUUGAGUGGGAAAAAUGCCACUAUGUAUGGUCAAGGGUCAUACUUUGCUACUACUUCAAAGUACAGCAAUUGCUACACCAGAGGUCCAUUGCGGUUGAUGUUAAAAGCAAAGGUUCUUAUUGGUAGCUACACCAAAGGGGAGAGGGACAUGAAAUGUCCCCCGAUCAUGGAAGGUCACAGGCGGUAUGAUUCGUGUGUAGAUAAUAUGGCCAACCCUACAAUAUUUGUCACUUUUGACAGAAACCAGAGCUACCCAGAAUACCUGAUAGCAUAUAAAGGGAAAGGUGAUGAUCUUGUUUCGCCUGCUCCAGUUUCAAUGCCUGUGAGCAGGCCAACGUCUUUAAGAGCAAGUGCUCAGAGUUCAAAUACAGGGACUGCUAAUGCACAUUCUGGCUAUGGCCAGAAUUUUUCUAGCAGUUCUUACAUUUCUUCUAGCAGUGCUCAAGGCUACGGAACUCAAGCGAGUAGUGCUCAGAAUGCUGGUGCUCAACCUUCUGUGAGUGUAGGACAGGUGUACAACAACCCUUUACAUCUAACACCAGUAUCUCCCGCUACACCCCCCGAUUUACCUGCUUCUCAGGUGAGUCCAGUAGAAUCGCCUGGUCUGUCUUACCGAACGUCUUCCGGGCGCGUGGAACGGAUGGACUAUCCAGAACGGAGGAAGAAGGAUGAUACCUGCAGUAUCCAGUAGCUUCAGUAUCCCGGAGAUACAGAGAAAGAAGGAUAACUGCAGCAUCCUGUGCUAAGGAUAGGGAAAACCUUUUUACAUAAAAGACAAACAUUCCUUUAUAUUUCUAUUCUAAGUUUUGUAUUGUUGAUUACAAAUUAACAUUUCAAUGUAUUUCUCUUCUAUGUCUUGUAUUGUUGAUUACAAAUAGGUCAUGAGAAUAUAUAUGUUACGGAUGAAUUUGUACCUACGCUAGUAUACCUGUAAUUAUUUGUUAAUUAAGUAUCUUUUGUUUAUAGAUCCCACCAGUGUCAUGAAACAACUUGCUAUGAUUUUUGAAUUUUUUUUUUUAUUCAUGAGUGAAAGGCUCACUGAAAGCCAAAUCUGAUAAUUGUUAUUGUUGGAGACGGAGGAUCAGAUUACAAAUCACUUUUCAGAAAUAUUGUUGAAUAUUUGUUGUGCAUUAUGUAGAAAUCUUCAACAAACAAUGGGUUCAAGACCUUUUUUCAAUCAGUUUUACUAUAACCCAGUACCGGGUAUGUUAAACAAGCUGCACAAA